CGCAAAACACAAUAAUUGUGUUUUAGUAGCAGAUUCUAUCAUUGAAUCGUUAUGUCGUGUUCUUAGUUAGACAGUGCUUGCUUGUGGGUUCGUGUGAAAAAAGGAAACGGAAUAAUUACUGUGCACGUUAUCCAAUAGCUUGUAGUAUGUAAAUGUAAACAAUAUACCAGUAUUAAAUAAACAUAUGGAAUCUGAAUUGUCAGCAGAUGCUAAUAAAGAUACACCACCAGUGCCGAUAAAAACAUAUCAAUGGGAAGAUCUACGUAGGGCUCGUGAGUCGGGUGGAUAUCCCUGGACUCAUCUUCUAAAGGUGCCAAUAGAAGGUGAAAUUACAGCUGAAACUAUACUAACGUCAACUACACCAAGAAGAAGUAUGUCACGGGAAUUUACAAAAUCACGUACUCAUUCUCCAAUAGAUACCGAGACUCAAAAAAUUCUUAAUCUUGACUCAUCGCCUGGCAGCAGUAGAAGACAUGGAGAAGAAGGUCAAGAUGAGGGAGUGCAUAUUCCCAAUUUCAGCAAAGAAAUUUCGUUAGAGUCUGAAGAAGAAGUUAUUCAUAGAACACCUGAUCAAUCUUUACAAUUGGCUACUCCAGUAGAAAUCCCAAUAAAUGUCUCGCCUAAGAGUAUACUCAAACGACGUGCUCCAGAACAGCAAUAUAUUGGAGUUUCUGAAACCCGAGAGAAGACUAAAUGUUGCCAUCCUCUGGUAAAUAAAAUAAAACAUUUAGCAGAUAAAACUUUACAAAAAUUAGAAAGAAAUGAAACUGAGAAGUCGCCUAUUUCCAAAAGAAAGAAAAAUGAAGAUUUGCAAGAAAUUCGACAGUUAAGAAAUUCACCGGGUGCUGUUCGUAGGCAAAAAUUCAGUGCAAUUAAACUAGGAGAUUCAGACGAAGUGAGUAAAACAUUUUGUGAAGAUACAUUUUUGCUACGAAAAAAGAAAGAUCACAUUUAUGAAGACAUUGAAGAAACUCGGACUACUUUGAAUAAUGUUUCCUGUAGUAAUGAUUUUCAAGACAAUAAAAAUACUGAUGAGAAUACGGAAAGCAAUAUUGAAAAUAAAUCUAAUAUCUCGUAUGAUCCCAGUCUUGUAGCGGAUGAUAAUGUAUCAUUGAAAACCAGUGAACAUAUCAUGGAAAAGUUGCAUCAAACAAUGGAUAAAGAAACAAAAAUGGUAGUUGAAAUGACAAAUUCAAGUGAAACUGAAUCAAUUGACGCUCCUCACAAUGACAUAAGUGAUUCAAAACCUAAAACAAAGACACAUCACUUAACAAUCACUGAAAUAACAGACGAUGACACUGAACAGAAUAUGGAAGAAUCCACAACCUUGCCUAUUGAAGCGUCACCAACACCAAGUCCUAUGGAUAUUAAACGAAAGAAAAACGAAAUGAACGACUACGAUUGGUCAAAAUCAAACAGUGAUCACGAAUAUGAAAUCAUUGAAAAGCCGCCUCCCGACAUUAUUUACACAGCGCCAAGUAUAGAAGAAAAGCCAAUAAUGGUUAAAACGGAUGGUGAAUUAUCAAGCACGACCUCUCUAGAACGGAAAGGCUUAGAGCACAUAUCAGACGAAGAUGAAAAUAUUAAUGAAAAGGAAAACGUUGCCAAUAUUGAAGACUUUGCCAAUGCAGAGGCAUUACAAAAAGACAUCGAAGAACGGUUUUUUGUCAAUACGCCUUCGACGGUAUCAAGAACUGAGUGUGAAGUAAGCACAAGCCAAGUUGAUUCAUCGGCCUUAGAAAAUUUACCCUUAAAACGUGAAAGUCGAGGAAAAGUAAGCGAAAGCAAAUUUCAACAACGCUUUAAAGAAAGUACUGGUAAACUUAAAACUCAAGCAGGGAAACUGAAAACGAAAUUUAGUAAUUUUAAAGUAAAUAUGCCAGAAAGGCCUAAAUUUAAAAUGCCAGAAAGACCAAAAUUUACAGUACCAGAUAGAAGAAAAUUUAGUUUACCCGAAAGGCCAAAAAUGAGAAAGCUUAAUAUACCUGAAAAGUUAUCGAUGGGAGAUCGAAAAAAAUUUUCGUUUCCUGAAAGGCCAAAGUUUAAUGUACCAGAUUUAUCUAAAUUUAAACUGCCAGAACGACCUAAAAUUAACUUUUCAAGUCUAAGAAAGAAAAAAGAACCUCAAACAGAGACAAACACUACUGGAUCCACGUCUGAUUUACAAAACAUAGCAACUGUAGAAUUUGAAGUAAAGACAUACCCCAGAAUAUUUUCAAAGAAAAAGAAAGCUAUUCCAAAAACGUCUUCCUCACCAAAUCUUAAUAGGGAUGAAACACCACCACCUACGUUUACUUUUACGCGCGCAAAGAAACCUACAGGUGAACCAACAUCAUAUCUAGGUGAUUCAGAACAACCACGGGAAUAUGGAAAUAUUAACGACGAUGAUAACAAUUUUAGCAGAGCUGAAAGAAAGAGAAACGAUACAUCAUAUGACUUUGAUAAAAUUCCUGAUUAUAUGGCCGAUGAAGAUUUGCAUUUAAAUACAGAAAGUAACGAACCUUCAAAUACUAACAUAACACAGUCUAAUCAAGAAUACACACAUAUCAACGAAAUAAAUAACGACGAGUUUUUUGUCCGACCGAGAGGAAUAUCUCGUGAAAAUAUACAAGUAAGAGAAUACUUAAGUGACGAAAUACGACAGGCAUUUACGACGCCAAAAAAUGUUUUGGCAAUGAUGGGCUCCGAUCCGCGAAUAAACGUUGAACACAUGUAUGCUAACGAUAUGGACUUUGAAUCUGAAGUAAACGAUGAAAACGAAGCUGAUAAUAUAAAAUAUUCAACUGAAGACAUAAAUGAGCCUGAUGAUGGAUAUUAUACAUUCCCACCUAUACGACCGUCACGAGCAAAACGAAAGAAGAAAGAUGCAGAAUCAAUAAAAUAUAUUGAUGAUAGUGUGACGGCUAGUAUGCAAUUCAGUGAAGUUGACUUAGGAUUACCAGAAGAUCAAACUGACAACCAAUUAAUGAAUGAAGAGUUUGAAAAUAUUCAAGAAUCAAGAAGAGAUUUCUUUGAAUAUACACCAUCGUCAACCCAUCUUUAUAGUAAUGAUGAGACUGAAUCCCCAAGCAUGAUACAAUCCCACACACUGCCAAUGCCUCCUAGACGGAAAAAGAAGGGCAAUAAAAGAAUUCUACAUCAUCAAUCCUUGAACGAUUUCAAAGCCCAUUCUACACCAGAAGAACUAGAAGAAAAGUACAGCGAAGAUAUCGUUGUUUACCGAACAGAACAUGAGUAUACAGUACCGCAAGCUGACACUACCACCGAUCGAAGUCCACUACCUCCAAGACGCACGCGUUCUAAAAGUUCUCGUGAACCAUCUCUGUAUGAUGAUGAUCGAACAUCGCAUGGCGCUGAGUCGCUUAUACUCGAUCCUCACCUUCCACACAUAGCAGACAUUGAUGUUGCAAACCAAAGUCGCCAUGAAAGUCCAGGCUACGCAACUGUCGAUAAGAUAACCUAUCCUCCUAAUGCAGCAAAGCCAAUAAGAAGGUCCACAAGCAAAACUCCCCCUGUCAGACGCCGUAAGAGUCACAGUUCUGAACGAAAAUAUUACACUGUUAAUGGUAACAUGAAGGCACCACCAAAUCGUCCGCCAAGAAAAAGAUCAUCAACAAGUCUUAUGACGCUUGACAGUUUUACAAACCGUUCUAUCAGUGGUGAUUUUACACAAUACGUCGAAAUAGAGGAACCUCAAACUGAAAGUGUUCAUAAAAAUUUGAAAUCUGGAGAUAUACUAAAUAAAAUGAAAGACCGGCCUUUGCCCCCACCGCCUCGUCCUCCACGCGGAGCAAGAAAGAGUAAGAAUGAAAUAGACGCUGAUGAGCAUAAAAAAUCUAGGGACGCCUUAGUAAAGUCUCGUUCUCUUUUAUUAUCAGACGAUUUUCAAGCUAGUGAUAUUAUAGAAAUCGAGGUAUCUACACAGACUGACGCGUUGCCGGAUGAUGUAGAUUUUGAGUUAAGUAUGGACGAAAAUUUAGAUAUAUCUAUGUCUAGCUCUUUAAGAGACGUAAUACAAGAUGAUUCUAUGGCAGGUAAAGACAUAAGAAAAGCUCCAUUAGAUCAGAGAUUCUCUCGACCGUCUUCACGAUCAGAAAAAUCCUUAAAAUUAUCAGACCCAAAAAUGUCUGAACUUUCAAAAUCUAGUGGAUUCGGUCGAACAUCGCCCACUGUUAUAUUGGUAGAAAAAAGAGUUUCCAGUCCAACAAGAAUAAACGAACGAGACGAAAUUUUGACCGAAGCCUCUCUUACUGUGCAACAUAUAGAUGUUGAAGAGUCGCAAAUUCCAGAUGUUCCUCCGUUACCAAAAUCUAGAAAAACUGAUAAAAUCAAACAAAGUAUGAAACCUAGCGAGGAACAAGCUAUUGAUAGAUUGUCUGAUACGGGAAGAGAUAUUCAGAUAGAUAAUUUAGUUACGCAACGGCUUCAAGUAAGAGAUUUGGACGUUGGUAGACUAAACGUUUCUGAGCUACAAGCAAGCAAAAUCUUGGUAUCAGAUAUUGAAGGAAUGACAUUGCAUGUAAAUGAAUUGGAUUCUAAAUCCGGGCAUAUUUCAGUUAGUGGAAUCGAAUUUUCUCAGUCGGUAAUCGAUGAAAUUGCUAAAAAAUUUGCCGAAAUAUCAACGAAUACACUACAACCCGCAUCACAACAACGACUAGUCAUAUCUGAUAUUCCAAGACCAGUUAGUAGGGAAGAGCAAACACAAACAGACGUUACGCCUGAAACCAGAGAAGAUAUGAACCUGAAAAUAGGUGAUGAAGCAACUUUACCUUCAUCUACUCCAUCCCCUCCUCCUAGACCUAUGAAUAUUGAAGACAGUUCUACACCACCGCAAAGACCACCACCUCCCGACUUAACACCCUUACUUUAUUCAUAUUUGCAAAACGCCACCGUGCCAUCACCACUGUAUUUUCCAAGAACAUCAAGAGAGCGACAUAUAAGUGAGGAUCAUCCUUCCCCUGCACCACCCACCCGAAGAUCUAAACGGAAGCAAGCAGUUCCUCAAAGUGAGUCCAGUUCGGAUGAUGGCAAAGUGCAACCGUCACCUCGUCGAAUGCCUAUGCCAAUCAAAGGCCACGAACCAACAAUAUCUGAAGCUGGAGUGCAAUUUUUUCGAGUAUGUCACAAUUCAAUAAGUAGAGCUGUGAGAAAUAUUUACACCUCAUUUAUGACUUACAUAAGCGGUGCGCAGGACAAAAGAGAUGUUCAAAUGGCAAUGGUGAUAUGUUUGGUAUUAAUUGCGGGCUUAAUAAUGUUUGGUUUAAGUGAUAGUAGAGCUGUUCAUCACCAUCAUUGGGAAUUUUUCAAUCCACCAGAUAUACCACAAUAAGAUUGAAAUAUUAAAAAAUGUAAAAAGAUUAUAUUCAAACCAAGCAAAGUUUUAAGCAUUUUAUAAAGUCUAAAGUUUAUAUUAAGACUUAAAGUAGAAUAACUUAUGCGGCCUUACAAAUAAAAUUGACAUAAAGUUAGAACUAAGCAUAAACCAAGAAUAUCUAAAAAGUUUACAAAUAGACAUAGACAUUUUGCUUACGAAUGGUUCGUUCGGACGUAUAACGUUUCCCGCGUUUAUUUGCAUGGCAGCUUGUCAUUUGAAAACUUCAGACUUCAUUGUAUUGACAGUGUUAUCAACGAUAUUAUCAACAUUUUGCAUUUGCUUUGUUUAUCAUCAGUUAUAACUUUAUAGGUACCAAGUUUAUUUGUAAGGCCGAUGGAGUUUUAUAAAAAUAUAUUAAAUCUGUAGAGUACGUUUACGCUAUAUUUCUAUGUUAUCCGCACAUUAUUAUUGUAUAAUUAAUUGAUAUAUACGGAGAAAUCGAAAUAAGCUAAUUGUGAGGACAAAUUAGUGAUAUGAUAAUACCCGGCUACUAAAAGUUGUUCACAUUGUAAAGCAAUCCUACCAAAAAUUACAUUUUGAAAUAAAAUUGAUUAUGUUCUUUGUACCUUAUGUUAUACCCGUCUGGUAAAAAUAUAAUCAUUAAAAAGAUCUAUCAAGGUUAUUUAUUAUUAUUUAUAGGUAUUUUAAUCUCAUAUUAUUUCGUAUACUAUAUGAUUAUGAUGUUAACUAGUUGUACUUUUAUAAUAACUAUCCGUUCUUUGACAAACGUGUAGUGAAUGUUAUGAUGCAUUUUGUAAUUCUUAACUUUCUUGUGGAAUAGUAACUCAAAUAAAAGUUUUAUUAAAUAA